AUGAUUUCUCUACAUGAUCACAAGGAUGAUCUUCGCAAGCGUCUGUCUUACACCACCCACAAACUAGAGAUGGUGGAGUCGGAGUUUGACUCCACCCGUCAGUACCUGGAGACGGAACUCCGUCGGGCCCAGGAAGAGUUGGAGAAAUUCACUGACAAACUACGCAGGAUCCAGAGCAGUUAUGCAGCUCAACAGAGGAUCAAUCAAGACCUGGAGGACAAGGUGCACAGGACGUCCCAGCACCAUGAAGACGAGAAAAGGGUGCUGAGUCGAGAGAUCAUCGUCCUCAACAAUCACCUCAUGGAGGCCAAGAUCACCAUUGAAAAGCUCAGAGAGGACAAUGACCUGUACAGGAAGGACUGUAACCUGGCAGCACAGCUCCUUCAAUGUUCCAAGUCACACCACAGAGCCCACAAACUAUCUGAGCUGCCCAUUGACUUCCAGGAGCGGGUGAGCUCCCACAUUGAGAAGCAAGGCCACGGCGUCACCAUGGCACUGUGCCACUCGCCCUACUCCGAUGCUGUGCCCACUGCCGUCAUCGCCAAAGUGCUAGAGAAGCCGGAGCCAGGCAGCAGCUGCCCCAACACCCGUUCACCCAGCCCCAAGCCACUGGAGGAUGAGGGCCAUGACCAUAACUUUGUGCACACUAGCGUGGGCGGCGGCACCGAAAGCCUCCAGCGCCGCACCGCUUACCGGACAUCGGACCUGUACUGCAGCGACACAGCCCUGUACUGCCCUGAGCGCUGGCAGGAGCGCAGACAGAGCGUGGACGUCCAUGGCCGCCCCAUGGGUCUCCUCCUCCAGGCCCAGAACUCCACAGAUUCCAACCCCGAGGAGGAGGCCUUCCAUUCGGGUAACUUCUCCCAUCACGGGGCACCCUCCUUCCAUGGAGAGUUUGCCGUGGGCUCCUUGCGGGCCUCUAGCUCCUACUCCAGCUUCAGCCAGGCGUCGGAGGAUGAGAAGGGUGGGGAAGGCUGCGGCGGUGGCCCCAGCAGCACCAUGUCCUCCUCCCACCAGGCGCUCUACAUGGACUGGCGGGAUGGGGGUUACGGCGAGCGAAAGAGCACCUCGUCCUAUGAGAAGGACAGCCCUCCUGGCACCAGCGUCUUCCCCAAGUCCCACAGCUUCCAGCACAUGGCAAUGCCGCCUUCCCCCAACCCGGCGAAAGGCAGCGGUGGCUCUUCACCGGCAUACGAGCGCACAGCAUCCUGCAGCUACAGUGAGCCGUACCACUCGCCGCUCGUCACGUCGUCACACAGUGUGGGCUCGGCCCAGGGAGGAGGAGGACCCCGGGGUGCGGAGCGCUCCGACAGUCAGGCCAGCAUUGGCAGCAUGGUUGUCCCCACCGAGGAGGAACUGACUGGACGCUGGAGGCAGCUGAGCGUAGAGGACAUCAACUCGUACUCCUUCAACCGCAACCCGGGCCGCGUGUCUCCUUACAGCUUCUCCGAGCAGCACUUUGCCAUGGGCCCGGCCAAGAUUAAACUGGGGCCUCUCUACAGCAGCUUCCAGGAGGGGGACGACAACGUCUUCCUCCACAGCCACGUGCUGGACCAGUGCUUGGCUGCUGCCGCCGGUGUUGGCCUCUCACCCAGCCCCAGUCCCAGUCCCAAACACCCCAGCCUGGGCCUGCGGGGCAAGCCGGACAAUCCUCCGCCCCUGUACAGAGCCAAGGUAGACAGCCAGGACUCAGAGUACAGCCUGCAGUUCCUCUCAGGGAGCUUGAAGGACAAGGAGAGCGGGGCGGCUGGAGCGGUAGGGGGGAGCAUGAACAAGGAAUACGUGGAUGUGAGCCCCAACAGCUCAGCCGAGUCCUUACACCACCAAAGCUCCCUUGAAGCCUCCAGUCUGCAGCACUACCAGCGGGAGAGAAUGAGGCCCAGCCCGAGCCCGGCUCUUCCCAAAAAGAGUUCCCAACAAUACCAAAAAUUUGGAAGCACAGGAACAGGACUGAGCAGGAAAGACAGUCUGACCAAGGCCCAGCUGUACGGCACCCUCCUGAACUGAACCGCUCGGUACACUUCGACCUGACAAGUAUAAUGCAUUAUGAUGCGGUUAUAAAUGCAUUAUGAUGCGGUUAUCAUGGAUUAUGAUGCGGUUAUAAUGCAUUGUAAGACUUGUCAUAAGCACGCAUGACCCCCUUAGAAAUUCUUAAUAUUAUCUCAAUGACUAAAUAACAGCAAUUUUGAACCAGUUGAAAAUGUGUUUCAUAAAAGGACUUAACAUACUGUAAACCUUUUAAUAAGACAUGAAAGCUCAUACGUGCUUACAACAAGUAAUAAAGCAUUAUACCGGUCGGCUUGAAGUAGUGUUACCCACAGCUUCUUCUCUUAUGCAUGGUGAUUAUGUACGUCUCCAUGUUUCCUGUGGCAAACACACAGUUGGCGUGGAUCGUGAGAUGUUUUUGUAGUCCGGCGAAGGCACGUUUCAAGCGGUAUGAGAAGCUACACAGCUGUUGUUGUUGUUUUGGCUGUUUGUUUAUGUCAUGAUACGGUGGUAGUUGUCAGAGAGACCAGCCACUAGAGUUCCGUACCGUUUCCUACAGUAUAUCAUCCCUUAGUCUCUCAGACAGCCAUUCAGCUCAAAGUAAGACAAAUCAUCCCUUAGUCUCUCAGACAGCCAUUCAGCUCAAAGUAAGACAAAUCAUCCCUUAGUCUCUCAGACAGCCAUUCAGCUCAAAGUAAGACAAAUCAUCCCUUAGUCUCUCAGACAGCCAUUCAGCUCAAAGUAAGACAAAUCAUCCCUUUAGUCUCUCAGACAGCCAUUCAGCUCAAAGUAAGACAAAUCAUCCCUUAGUCUCUCAGACAGCCAUUCAGCUCAAAGUAGGACAAAUCAUCCCUUAGUCUCUCAGACAGCCAUUCAGCUCAAAGUAGGACAAAUCAUCCCUUAGUCUCUCAGACAGCCAUUCAGCUCAAAGUAAGACAAAUCAUCCCUUAGUCUCUCAGACAGCCAUUCAGCUCAAAGUAGGACAAAUCAUCCCUUAGUCUCUCAGACAGCCAUUCAGCUCAAAGUAGGACAAAUCAUCCCUUAGUCUCUCAGACAGCCAUUCAGCUCAAAGUAAGACAAAUCAUCCCUUAGUCUCUCAGACAGCCAUUCAGCUCAAAGUAAGACAAAUCAUCCCUUAGUCUCUCAGACAGCCAUUCAGCUCAAAGUAGGACAAAUCAUCCCUUAGUCUCUCAGACAGCCAUUCAGCUCAAAGUAAGACAAAUCAUCCCUUAGUCUCUCAGACAGCCAUUCAGCUCAAAGUAAGACAAAUCAUCCCUUAGUCUCUCAGACAGCCAUUCAGCUCAAAGUAGGACAAAUCAUCCCUUAGUCUCUCAGACAGCCAUUCAGCUCAAAGUAAGACAAAUCAUCCCUUAGUCUCUCAGACAGCCAUUCAGCUCAAAGUAGGACAAAUCAUCCCUUAGUCUCUCAGACAGCCAUUCAGCUCAAAGUAAGACAAAUCAUCCCUUAGUCUCUCAGACAGCCAUUCAGCUCAAAGUAAGACAAAUCAUCCCUUAGUCUCUCAGACAGCCAUUCAGCUCAAAGUAAGACAAAUCAUCCCUUAGUCUCUCAGACAGCCAUUCAGCUCAAAGUAAGACAAAUCAUCCCUUAGUCUCUCAGACAGCCAUUCAGCUCAAAGUAAGACAAAUCAUCCCUUAGUCUCUCAGACAGCCAUUCAGCUCAAAGUAAGACAAAUCAUCCC